UUUAAAGUUACAGUUAGGUGGAUCUCGGGGCACGACGGGGUAGAGGGAAAUGAACUAGCAGACGAAGAAGCUAAGAGAGCGGCAGUUUCAAACACAGAAUCCAGUCCCACAGACACCUUGCCCCCAUACCUCCAUAAAGGAGUCCUCCCCUGCAGUAUUUCGGCACUAAAGCAAGCGCAGAAGAAGGAAUCCUCCGACCGUUGGAAGAGAUUAUGGCAAGGAUCGCCUCGUCAUGACCGAACUGUUAGCAUCGACCCCAACAUACUAAAUGGCUCCUUCAUAUCCCUAGCCCAACACCUCCCGAAACACCAUAUCAGUAUGCUCAUCUGGCUUCGUACUAGACAUAUAUCCCUCAAUCACCACCUAUUUCACAUAAGCAAAAACCCCACACCCAACUGCCCUCACUGCGAGAACGUGCUGGAAACAGUGAUACACUUCCUUCUUAUAUGUCCUUACUAUGCAUGA